ACAGGAAGUGCAGCCUCAGUGAAGCUAGCCUAGCAGCGAAAUAGCACAGCAGUAAUCGGGGGAUUUAGACUGCUUUAUUUUUAAUCACCGACAGCUUCUGACAAAAUAUUUGAUUGUGCACACCAUAGAAAUGUCUGACAGAAAGCGCACAAGGGAGAAAGAUGACAGAAGAGAACAUAAAAAACACAAAACCUCAAAGGAGGAUUUGGAACUACUACAGAAGCAGACGAAAAAACUUACUCAAGAGGUUCAAAAGCUGAAACAUGUGGAGACAUUUUAUGAAAAGCCACCACCAGGAUACAUCAAGGAGCAUGAAGAGAAGCCAGAGGACUGUAUUCCCGCUGAGCCUGGAAAUGAGGACGCCAGACAGUUUCUGGCUCACGCUCCCACCAAAGGACUGUGGAUGCCUCUGGGGAAAGAGGUCAAAGUGAUGCAGUGCUGGAGAUGCAAGCGUUAUGGUCACAGAACAGGUGACAGAGAGUGCCCUUUCUUCAUCAAAGGCAACCAGAAACUAGAGCAGUUUAGAGUGGCUCAUGAGGAUCCUAUGUAUGAUCUGAUACGGGAAAACCAAAGGAACGAAAAAGAAACCAGGAUUCAGCAGCUUCAGCAGCUGCUCCAGGACACCACUUCCUCAUCAUCGUCUGAUUCAGAGAGCUCCUCCUCAGAUAAGCGUCGCAGCAAGAAGAAAAAGAAGAAGAAAGAUAAGAAGAAGGACAAGAAAAAGCGCAAAAGGAAGCGAAAGCACAAGUCGUCCAAAUCCAGCGACAGCUCUCUUUCAGACUGACACUUUGAGGCUUGUGUGCUCUGCUGUAAAUGUAUCUCAGUAACAUAAGUAAAUGAUACAUUAAGAAACAAGUAUGUUCUGCACAGUGCACUAGACGGUAGUGCACUCAGGAGUCCUCUUGUCAUGUAAAUAUGCCUUACAUGGUUGAGAACCAUCCAUUUAUACCAUUACUGUAGAUUCAAGACUUGUGGGGAAACUGGAGUUAGCACACUUGUCUUUGUGCAUAUGCAUGUCUUAAAGCUUCAUUGGUAAUGUGUGUUUACAGACUCUUGAUGUAGAAGAUACUUUUACUAGAGUCUAAAAAGCUCCAAUGGCAUGCUACAGUCCCUACUUGAAAGGGAGAUAAACCAUGUAACGUUGUGGUAAAUAUGUUUUCCACAGCUCUGAAUGUUUGAAUGCUUGUGACUGUACAUAAACCUUGGAAUAAUUUGAGUUAUUUUGAGUUGAGUUUAUUUCCCCUCAUCAAAGUCUCAGAGAAGGGUUAAGAAUGUA